AUGGAGGGCUACGCGAGCUCCGUCGGCCACGUCAACGCGGCGCUGAAGACCCGGGUCGACGCGAGCGUCCUCAACGUCGCGCGGAUUUCGUCCGGCACGCGCGCGCGACGUAGGCACCCGGGCAACGUCAUGAUCCUGGCCGACGGGUCGCCGGCGCUCUUGGACUGGGGCCUCGCGGCGGAGCUCGACGUCGCGACGCGCGCGUUCCUCGCGCGCGUCGUGUUGCUGCUGAACCUCCGGGACAAGCGCGCGGUGCGCGAGGGCCUCGUGGACCUCGAGUGCAACGCGAAGCGCUUCACGUUCAACGCGGCGGCGAGGGACGACGACCCGGACUUCGUCGCCGCGUUCAUGUACCAGUUCUUCGACACGUCCGCCGAGGGCGUCGACCUCGACCCGAAACUCUUCGACCGCAUCUUCUACCUCCUCCAGCACGACCCGACGUCGUUUCCGACGCUGACGAACUGCCCGAAGGAGGUCGUGCUCUUCGUGCGCACGGUAUCCGCGCUCCGCCGCUGCCUCCGCGCCGCGGGCGGCCACCGCGUCGCCGCGUCGGAGCGCUGGGCGCCCUUCGCGCGCCGCGCGCUCCGGGCCCACGCGCGCGCGCGGACGACCGCCGAGGCCGCCGACGCGCGCGAGCUCCGGGCCCUCGACGCGUUCCUGCUCGCCGUGCCCGCCCAGUCCGUCUGGUACCGGCGGCUCAAGCCCUGGCUCCCGCGACACGACGACCCGAACGUGGCGCUCGCGCGGCUCGCGGACGCGGUCGACGCGCCGCGGUCGCUCGCGGGCGCGGCGCUCCGGCUCGCGAGCGCCGACGCGGUCCACGACGCCCUCGCCGUCGUCGAGCGGCUCUACCGCGCGCGCCGCGCGGCCCUCGUCCUGGGCCUCGCGCUCGGCGCCGGCGCCUGGGUCCUCCGCGCUGGCGGCGUCUAA